CAAAAAGCCCAGUGACCAGUGCCGCGUGCGUCCGCCGCUAUAAAGCGCUAGGGUUUUCCCACGCCGCCACUACCCCCAACCCGACCACGCCGCGCCUCCGCCUCGAACCCUAGCCGCUCGGAGCAAGGAAGGAAUGGGGAAGGGUACGGGCAGCUUCGGCAAGCGCCGGAACAAGACGCACACGCUCUGCAUCCGCUGCGGCCGCCGUAGCUUCCACCUCCAGAAGAGCACCUGCUCCUCCUGCGGCUACCCCGCCGCUCGCAUCCGCAAGUAUAACUGGAGUAUUAAGGCCAUCAGGCGCAAGACAACUGGUACUGGAAGGAUGAGGUACAUGCGACACGUGCCUCGCCGUUUCAAGAGCAACUUCAGAGAAGGGACUGAGGCUGCCCCAAAGAAGAGUGCUGCUGCUGCCAACUAAGUCUGGAUUUUGCCAUCAAGAACCUGAAAAGCAUUGUACUUCUGAACUAUUUAGCCCUAAUGCUAUGGAAGUAUGGUUUAUAGUGCUUUGAAUUAAAGUCAGACGCCCCUGGUGGUUUGUAUCUUUUUUUGGUGAUGAGUAUGGUUUAUUUGUUAUCCCAGUUCGAUGCUCAUUCAAUUGUCUUUGUCUACGUUUACCGAGUUGAUAAAUACAGUGGGCGAUGAUUUCUCUGGUGGCA